AAAUGGGAAAAACCACGGGGCACUUACCCAGUAGUAAAAAUGCCAUCUAUUCGAGCUAUUUUGGCUUUGGCAGCUAGCUUGAAUUUAGAAAUUGAACAGUUGGAUGUUAAGACAGCUUUUCUCCAUGGUGAUCUUGAGGAGGAGAUUUAUAUGAAGCAACCAGAGGGCUUUGAGGUGCAAGGCAAGAAGAAUCUGGUCUGUAAAUUGAAGAAAAGUUUGUAUGGUCUCAAACAAGCUCCGAGGCAAUGGUACCGUAAGUUUGACUCUUUUAUGGGGGAGCAUAAAUUCACUAGAACAGAAUCUGAUCAUUGUGUUUAUGUUAAGAGGUAUCCAGAUGGUGAUUUCUUGAUACUUUUGCUUUAUGUGGAUGACAUGUUGAUUGUUGGUCAUGACACAAAGAAAAUUGCAGCCUUGAAGACUGACUUGAGCAAGUCCUUUUCUAUGAAGGAUUUGGGUCCAGCAAAGCAAAUUCUUGGAAUGAAAAUUUUCCAAGAUAGAAAGAACAAGAAGCUGUGGUUGUCACAAGAAAAAUAUAUUGAAAAGGUGCUUGACAGGUUCAACAUGAGCAAAGCAAAACCUGUGGGCACUCCACUUGCUGGCCAUUUUAAACUUAGCACAGAGCAGUGUCCUGCAAGCAAGGAGGAAGCGAAAUACAUGAAGAAUGUGCCAUAUGCUUCUGCAGUUGGUAGUCUAAUGUAUGCUAUGGUAUGCACAAGGCCAGAUAUAGCUCACGCAGUGGGGGUAGUGAGCAGAUUUUUAUCCAAUCCUGGCAAGCAACAUUGGGCAGCAAUUAAGUGGAUUUUCAGGUAUCUUAGAGGUACAUCUCACAUGUGCUUAUGUUAUGGUGAGCAUGAAUCUUUACUUAAUGGCUAUAGUGAUGCUGAUUUUGGUGGAGAUUUGGACUCUAGAAAGUCCACUUCAGGAUACUUGAUGCUUUAUGCAGGGGGAGCAAUUUCAUGGAAGUCAAAACUGUAGAAAAGUGUUUCAUUAUCCACUACAGAAGCUGAGUAUAUAGCUCUUUCUGAAGCAGGAAAGGAGAUUGUAUGGAUGAAGACGUUUUUUGAAGAAUUGGAUCUUAAGCAAGAGAGAUUUGUGCUGUUUUGUGAUAAUCAAAGUGCAAUUUACUU